AUGAACGAGAGAUUUUUCGGGGAUCCGGGCCCGGGCCGCGGGAUCCGUGAGAUUUUGGUCUCGGAAAGAAUUCAGAAAGAUGAGCAACAGGUCCAGGAAGGCUUCUGAUCCGGAAAAACCCGGAAAAAAAUCCCAAGAAAAAAAGACCCGAAACCAUGAACGAGAGAUUUUUCGGGGAUCCGGGCCCGGGCCGCGGGAUCCGUGAGAUUUUGGUCUCGGAAAGAAUUCAGAAAGAUGAGCAACAGGUCCAGGAAGGCUUCUGAUCCGGAAAACCCGGAAAAAAUCCCAAGAAAAAAGACCCGAAACCAUGAACGAGAUUUUUUUCGGGGAUCCGGGCCCGGGCCGCGGGAUCCGUGAGAUUUUGGUCUCGGAAAGAAUUCAGAAAGAUGAGCAACAGGUCCAGGAAGGCUUCUGAUCCGGAAAAACCCGGAAAAAAAUCCCAAGAAAAAAAGACCCGAAACCAUGAACGAGAUUUUUUUCGGGGAUCCGGGCCCGGGCCGCGGGAUCCGUGAGAUUUUGGUCUCGGAAAGAAUUCAGAAAGAUGAGCAACAGGUCCAGGAAGGCUUCUGAUCCGGAAAAACCCGGAAAAAAAUCCCAAGAAAAAAAGACCCGAAACCAUGAACGAGAUUUUUUUCGGGGAUCCGGGCCCGGGCCGCGGGAUCCGUGAGAUUUUGGUCUCGGAAAGAAUUCAGAAAGAUGAGCAACAGGUCCAGGAAGGCUUCUGAUCCGGAAAAACCCGGAAAAAAAUCCCAAGAAAAAAAGACCCGAAACCAUGAACGAGAGAUUUUUCGGGGAUCCGGGCCCGGGCCGCGGGAUCCGUGAGAUUUUUGGUCUCGGAAAGAAUUCAGAAAGAUGAGCAACAGGUCCAGGAAGGCUUCUGAUCCGGAAAAACCCGGAAAAAAAUCCCAAGAAAAAGACCCGAAACCAUGAACGAGAGAUUUUUCGGGGAUCCGGGCCCGGGCCGCGGGAUCCGUGAGAUUUUGGUCUCGGAAAGAAUUCAGAAAGAUGAGCAACAGGUCCAGGAAGGCUUCUGAUCCGGAAAACCCGGAAAAAUCCCAAGAAAAAGACCCGAAACCAUGA